AGCGCCUUAUCUUCAAUUCUCUGCUUCUCUCUCUCUUCAGUUUUCCAAGCUUUUGGAUAUCUUCUUCAUCCAUGGCCAUUAGAAUCCAAAAUCCCAAACCGUCCAUUUCCAUACACCCCACAAUCACUCCUUUCAAAACCCACUUCAAUUCUCACAACUUGUUCAUCACCAUUCCUCCGAGAACUGGUGUCCUCCAAAUCCAACCCCCGUCUCUCUCAAUCACCAGAAGAUCGUUCCUUCCUUCGGUUUCCGGUAUCUGGGACGCCAUAACUGGCGGCAACAACGCCCGCGAAGCCAUUCAAGCAAUUCGCCGUGGAAUGUUGCUCUUUAGACAGGGUGAUGUUUCUGGAUCUUUAGUGGAAUUCGAUAAGGCCAUUGAGCUGGACCCUCGUCAAAAGGCAUAUCUUUGGCAAAGAGGGCUUUCACUUUACUAUGUUAAUAGAUUUGAAGAAGGGGCAGAGCAGUUCCGGAUAGAUGUAGCACAGAACCCGAAUGAUACAGAGGAGUCCAUUUGGUGUUUUAUCUGCGAAGCUCAGUUAUAUGGUGCUGAUGAAGCAAGGCGACGAUUUCUUGAGGUUGGAAGAGAUCCAAGACCUGUCAUGAGGGAAGCUUAUAAUAUGUUUAAAGAUGGUGGAGAUCCAGAAAAGCUUGUUGCUGCUUUUUCAAAUGGCGGAGACAGUGACUAUUUCUAUGCUUCGUUGUAUGCUGGGCUUUAUUACGAAUCUCAGAACAAACCAGAAGAAGCUAAACGACAUAUAGUUGCGGCAUGUCAGUCUGCCUACGGACACAGAUCUGAUGAUUAUAUGGCGUCUCUGGCCAAGGUUCACUGUCUUUGUCGAAACUGGGGAUCCUCUUGAAUUGUUGUGUUCAAGAUCGGUCUUGAUCCGCCAGUUGCUCUACUUUCAGAUUUGGGAAUUCUUAUUGUAAGACUGUUUUAAAUGUUGAGUCAUUUUUAAGGUAGGUAAGAUGCAAAAUGAAAUCUAUAUAUGGCACUUGGACAAUGUACAUAUUCUCUUUUGAACAUCAAGUUUGUAUACAAUUCACCUCUUAUUUUGAAGUGUAAACUAAAUUUGAAGAUGCUGCCAUGUAGAGUUCUAGGAUAUUUUCUACUGUUUAUAGAUAGAGAUUUGAAGAAUGUCAUGUAAGAUUUUUCGUGUCGUUUUGAGUCGGAUGAAUUGAACAGCCAUGUCUAUUGUAGGAAUAUAUGCUCGGAGUAGAG